CCCAUCCUUUGUACUUUGAUAGGAGAAAUAUAUAUUUAAGGGCUAGCAGUCCUCGAGACGUUUGGGAUCUAUCUAAACUGCGUAUGCCUUACUUGAUAGUCCACUAUGAUUUCCUUCCCAGUUACUUGUCUUGCCUUAGUCUCUCUCGUUAGCUCUCUCGAGUUGCCAAAACUUUCUGAGAGAGCUACCGGCUGUGGUAAGACGCCGUCAUUCACUCCCGGUGAUUUUAAAAAUUUUACAACAUCAGACGGCCGCGAGUACCGGGCCUGGCUGCCAGCAAGUUACGACUCAAACAAGGCGACCCCUCUUAUUCUAAGCUACCACGGCGCGAAUAGGGAUAUAUCCCGUCAAGUCGCGUUGGACAAACUAACCCACCCACGCUUCAACAAGGACCAUAUCGUAGUAUAUCUACAAGGCCUAGCGGCCGAUGGAUCUACGCGAACGAAGUGGGAGGGGGCACCGGACUGCAGCUCAAACGACAUCAAAUUCACGGGCGAGGUGCUUGAUGCCAUGACCGAAAGCCUGUGCGUGGACGAGAAGCGCAUCUACGCGACGGGGAAGUCCCAAGGUGGUGGCUUCGUAGGGCGCCUCGCAUGCGAUUCGGGGCUUUCGAGCCGAAUUGCGGCCUUCGCCCCUGUUUCCGGAGCGUAUUACAUUAAAGAGAUCAACAAAAAAUCGGACUGUCAUCCAGAAACAGUCAAAGUGCCUUGCAGCCCCUCCCGUACCAACAUCCCGAUUUUAGCAUUCCACGGAGGCGCCGACCGCACAAUAGAAUACCACGGCGACUUCAGAUCGAAUGCUUGUCUGCCAGACGUCAGCUCCUGGGCUCGGCAGUGGGCGCAACGGGAUGGCCUGAGCGGAACACCCGUCAAUUCGACGGUGGCCGACUCGGAGAACGGAGUGAAUAUGAGCUAUGGGAAGAACGGCUUGGUCACUCUGGUGUAUGAUGGUGAUAAUAUUGGGCAUGACUGGCCGUCUAAAACGAGGAAUGCGGACAACAGCGGAGUUAGACUGGCUGCGUUCGAUGCCAGUGCGCGCAUCAUGGAUUUCUUCCGAGACCAUAAAUUGCCUUAACUUCUUCGUAUUCUGUAUUCGCCAGGAGCAUUAAGGAUUAUAUUGAUACAUCUCCUUCACUCCUAUGUACAUAUAGUUAGUAGCAGUUGUGUUCUGAUUACCCUCAGCCCUUCAUGGGUUUAACAGAUAGUUCAAGUACAGGCAAUGACCACAUCGUCUUUAGAGAGAUUCACGAAUAGUUUCAGAUCUUGAUGUGGUAUUUCAUUUCAUAUCCAUGGACGUAAAUAUUGGCCAUCUUAACUGGCGCAGAGUACCGAUUGCUCUUCAACAAACGACUCACGAUGUUAGUUGAUGAGAAGCCGAGACACUGUGAGGAAUGAGAUAAUAUGUCCUCCAGGACUAACCCUAAUACCCUAUACCUAUGAUAUCAUGGAAACGGGGAAAUGGGGAAGACGGGAAUAUGGAGAUGGAGUCUUAUGAAUGUUGAAGAAGGAAAAAAGCGUUUCAAUGUUAUAGCAAAGCACAUGUCACGAAGAGCCUAAUGGCGUACA